AGUGCGUUCCGAUCGUAAGUACGAUAAACCGUAAGCUCUUGGAAAAAGAUAGGCGUAAAGUAGACGUUCCUUAAACGCAUCAUACUGCAAGGAAUCCCUUAACGUUGCAUCCAGUGCAACGCGAUUCGAAUCGUGAUUGGUGCCUUUGUUUUUUCCCCCUAGUGUGCACAAGAAGUAUUCUUUUUACCAAGGACGACGGGCCAUUGUUGUGUCUCCUUCCGUUCAUCGUCGUAAUCGUUCUGUGUUUCGGAUUAUUUUUUGGUUGUAUUGGUUAUAAGUAUCAUUGUCGUCGGUUGUUGCUCGUGAAAAAAAAAGUAAAAAAAGAGAGAAUAAUUAUUCUUUCUCUCUCGUUUUUCCUCAUAAGAGAAAUUCAAGAUCACCAUAAAGCUACAGACACGCAACAAGGGACCCAAUUAAGGAGGAUCAUCAUUCGUGUUACGCGAAUACUAACAAAUAUUGUCGUCAUCUUGUUGAAAGGAUUUUCAUGAAAAUUCUAAAGAAAAAGGGGAGGGAAGGAAACGAAUAUCGAAGAAAUUUAAAAAAGGAAUUAAAGAAGUGGGAGAUCUUAACAAGCCUAUAUAACUUUUCAUUCUCGAUAUCAGAGAUAACGUUACGAGAAAAUAAUUAAUCUGCAUAGCAAACAAACGACGUUUCGCACAUAUAUUCCUCUAUCUUUCUCUUUGAUUUUUUUCUCAUACUAUUUGUCAUAGUCAUCAGUAGAAGUAGUAGCAGCAACAGCAGUAACAACAGCAUUAGCAAACAGGUACCAGUGAAACGAUACGGAUUUGCAAAAGGAAAAUAUAAUAAAAUAAAAGAAUAAUUAAACCGAACAAGUUGAAAUACGCGGAGGACUUCCAUAAUAUAUAGAACAGAGUCGUAUUUUGCUCAUCAACACUGAGUGAUUCCAAUUGACGAUCGUCUCGACCCUCGGGCUCUCGUCUUAUUGGUCAGCCUUUUAAUACGUUACGUUACCAUUGGAGAUCUGUUCUUUUCGAACAAACGAACGAACAAACGACGACGGUUACAACACUCAUUCGAAAACUCUCCUCGUAGACAGUAUCAUCAGAAUCGUUCAUCAAAUCUAAGUGAUCGAUAUCAUUCUUAUUUCUAUCUAUAAAAAAAGAAACAAGAAAAAGGAUUUAUCUUUUAAGUAUUUCUAAAAAAAUACGAAGUUAUAUUAGUGACAAAAUUAAAUCAACAAAAUUCUGUUGACUGUGUUGUCUGCUGUUGUUGUCACCUAAAUACCAAUAAUAAUAAUAAUAAUAAUAAUAAUAUCGACUGAAUGGCUAUCUACUGGCUCCUGCUUUUUGAAAGACUUUGAUAGUUUUUUUUUUUAUAUAAUAUAAAAGGACAACAAAGAAAUAAUAAUAAUUUAAAGAAAGGAAAGAAAAUCCGAAAGAAAAUUCUCAACUUGCUACGUGAAGAAGAAAAUAGGAUCUUAUUAUUAUCAAUCGUAAUUUGUGGAAAGGAUUGAUCUGACGAGUGUCAGUGGGGUGGUGUCGUCAAAAAAAUACGGGAGAACAUUUUUUCGAUCCCAUUUCGAGAGAGACAGAAAAAAAGAGAUAGUUUCCAUUGGUUUUGGUUGUUUUUCUCGUCACCGUAAUGGAGCGAAGAAUUUUGAAAAUGUGGUGAUAACGUGAGGAGGCCUUUGACAAACAAGACACUAUCCAAUGUGUGAGCAAUAGUCGUUAGAUAAAACUAAAAAAAAAAAAAAAGAAUAAAAAGAAGAAGAAGAACUAUAUAAUAGGAACUAUCGUCGUUUGUCUUCUUUUUGUCGGAGAUAUUAUUCUUGCAAGAUUAAUCAUAAUAAUAAUAAAGAUAAUAAUCAAAGAGUAAAAUAAAAAAAAAAGAAAAAGAAAAAAAGAUAAAGAGGAAUAUAAAAAAGAAAAGAAAAGAAAAAGAAAAAUAAAUCUGUGUUAAUACUGCGUGAAUAAUAAUAAAACAAAGAUUAUAGAUAAAAUAAAAGGAAAUACAAAUUGAAGAGAAGACAAGAGAAAAGAACAGAAAAAGAAAACCCAAAAAUAGAUAAAAAAGAACUUAAGCAGAAACAAGAUGCAUUGCACCCAAGGUGUGGCAAUGGUAUUCGAAGACGCGUUCGUCGUCUUUUCACGUUUUUUGUCGCUCAAGUCGCGGGGCUGCGCACUUUUGGAAACACAUCGGCAGCGUGAGACAACCGGCAUCAAGAAAUUGUACAACAGCUUCUUCGUGAUGUUCUAAGGGAAAGUUAUUAAUUUUCUUGAAAAUAUAAUAAUACUCGUAGCACACACAAACAUCAACAAAUUCACCAUCACCACCAUCACCACCAUUAAAAGUUUUUCAAGUUUGUCGGGUGAUGCGUUUUCGUUCGCUUCCAAAGGAGUGUCCUAAGACCCGGAGGAAGAAAAAAAAUCAAAGAUACUCGAAAUGAUAAACGAAAGUUAAAUGAAAUACUCGAUGUAAUUAAAGUUGUAAGUAACUUUUGAUCGAACGUAAAAAGACAGGAAAGAAAUAGAGAGAUGCGACUUGGAUUAAUAAUCGCAAACACUAUAUCAAAAUUCAUCUUCCUGGCCCCUCACCCCUCGUUCGCAAUAAAUAUCUUUAUGAUAAUAAUCGAUUAUGUUGAUUAAAAUAAAAUACAACAAGACCACCAACGGAUUUAUGCAUUUUCUUCCGACUUAAGUCUUAUUAUUAUUAUUAUUAUUCUUCAUUCAACUAAGUUUAUUAUAUAUCCUAGAGGAUAAGCUAGAUAAAAUCUGAAAUCCCCGGGUUACAUUAUCACAGUAGCAUUGAUUUAAUAAUCCCUGAGACUGCUUAAUGGAGCUCCAAAUCAUAAUGGAUGGCGGUACGGAAACCCUGAACGAAGCCAUGUGGUUUACCGGUACUCCAUCACCGUCUUACGAACAAUUAUCAUCGCCUAAUCACCCAAAUAGAUGCGAUGGAGGAAUCGUUGCUCAACAAACAUCAGUCGGUUAUAAUGAUUCACGGGAUACCACAUUGUGGCAAGAUAAGCAAAACGCGAUGAAAAAUUGUUCGGAUGAGGGUGAUCAAAUAGACUCGAACAACGUAACACCACGUCGUCACGUGACAUCGUCUUCCGAGCAAACUAACAAUCGUCCAUCUCAGCAUAACAAUUUAAAACGUCGAGCUGCUGUUGCUGUUGCUGCUGGUGCUACCGAGGAGUCUGCUGUUGCUGGUGUACAGCACGUUUCUGAGCUCGAUAGGAAACAUGCUAGAAGAGACGGAUCUAUCGGAAGCAAUGGUUCCGGUCAAGGUUGGUCCACACAGGUGGAAGAACUCGCAGAACAUCUGGCUGACUUUGAUGGAUCAUUAUCCGCACUUGCUGCUUCGGAUCUGGCUACUGCUGUUGCCUCCUAUAACAUGAGCGAAGCUUUACUCGCCUUUCCAUCGGUCUUCAAACAGGAAGCACCGUCACCGGAAAAUCAACACAACAAUUCGAAUUUAAAUCACGUGACUCAGAGAGCAAUAAACGCAGGAGGAGGACCAGCUACGAACAAUGUUGCGAACAACAACAACGUCGGUGCAAUCAAAACGGAUAACAACAGCAACAAUGGACAAACAACAUCAGCAGAAGCAGCUGCUAGUCUUCAUCAAUUGCUUUAUUCGAGUAACGAGGAAUAUCCGGCGACUUCGACCUCCGGAAAUCACGUUUCUUCAUCCUCCCAACAAGGGAACGAAUUUAACGAGGAUUGUCGAUUCCAAUACGUUUUGGCAGCGGCUACUAGCAUUGCAACGAAGGUUAACGAGGAAACGCUUACUUAUUUAAACCAAGGUCAGUCGUAUGAAGUCAAAUUGAAGAAACUAGGGGAUCUAUCAGCCUAUCGUGGAAGAAUUUUGAAGGGACAUACAAACUUUCUGUUUCAGUCGACAAUUCGUAUUUGUUUCCACGAGAGGCGCCUUCAAUACACCGAGCGUGAACAAAUGCUCGCCUGGCAACGUGCUAGACCAGGUGAAAGAUUACUCGAGGUAGACGUACCACUUAGUUAUGGUAUGGUAGACGUUUGUCAACCAUCUCCGUCCAGUAAUAGUGUUGAAUUCAUGUGGGAUCCUACCAAAGAGGUUGGCGUUUACAUCAAGGUUAAUUGUAUUAGCACGGAAUUUACACCAAAGAAACACGGUGGCGAGAAAGGUGUACCAUUUCGAAUUCAAGUUGAAACACGAUUACCGGGUGGUCCCAGGUUGCAUGCCGCCUCUUGCCAAGUCAAAGUUUUUAAAUUAAAGGGAGCCGAUCGUAAACACAAACAGGAUCGCGAUAAAAUUCUACGACGACCACCCCACGAACAGGACAAAUAUCAACCUGGUUACGAUUGCACUAUUUUAUCCGACAUUCCAUUAGAAGCCCUAUCGUCAUCGUCGUCGUCAUCGUCGUCGUCGUCAAAUUUGAUAAUGCAAAAUGGAACAAGUCCCUAUUCGUCGACCGAGGCAAUAUCACCACAAACUCGAGCCAGCGUAGGUGGAGAUGCAUCACCAAUUAGAGCACCCUCGGCCAUAUCAGUUUCCGCAUUCGAUGGUGUUGUCCCUUUGGUAGCAGCGACGGAUGCUGCUAAAGAAAACGUUGGGACAACUGCACCGGCUCUUCCAUCACCAGCUGCUGCAGCCGCCAUUUUGCCGGAUCAAUCUUGCAUCGUUGAGAACGAAAAUGUUGUUGGUUUUACUAGAAAAAUUACAACUAAUUCUCCGAAGCAACAAUUGGAAUCUAUGAAAAUUGGAACAUCUUAUUUCACCGAAUUGGCACCUGACGCAAACACUGCACAAACCAGUGCGUGGCUCAGGGCAAACAGAUUCAACGCAUUCGAAUCAACAUUCGCUAACUUCUCAGCUUCCGACAUUCUACGGCUUUCAAGAGACGAUUUGAUACAAAUUUGUGGUCUUGCCGAUGGAAUACGAUUGUUCAAUGCUUUACACUCUAAACCACCUACGCCAAAGCUCACCCUUUAUUUUUCCGUGGAAGGUAACGGGUUACUUUGGAGAGUAGCUUAUCUCGAUAAUUUAACCAGCAACGCUUUAACGAACAAAUUGAUGAAUACUUUGAGCCUACCUCAGGAUCGUUUGCAUUCCGUGCUUUUUCUUGGUCCUCAAGGAAUUCAUGUUUUGGUUACCGACGAAUUGGUUGCCAAUAUGAAGGACGAUAGCAUGUACUUUGUGGAAACUAUCAAAGAUACAACCAGCGAUCGGUACAAAUUACUCUUGAAAUCAUCGUCACGUUGAACAUCACGUUUGUUUUAGUAUACUUAUCGAUCUUAUAAAUCAUUACAAGUAAAUAAUCAAAUGUGUGUGUGUGUGUGUGUGUGGGACGGGGGGAGGGCACGUUAAUGCUUCGAUUCUAAUUACUCUUCGUGCAAUAUAGUUUAUAUUUAUAGAUAUAUUGUUGUACGAAAAAUAUGGGAGUGGGGGGGAAGGAAUAAUUCGAGAUAAAUUUGUAAUCGGCAAAUUUAAAUAUUCUGCGGAAAAAAAUAAUGCACGAGAGGGAAUCAUCUGUCUUUCUUUCUUUCUUUUUUUUUUUUUUUUUCAUUUUUUUUCUCAAUAAUUUAUUAUGUGUUGCAGUUAAUUUCGGUGUCUUCUUGAUAUUAAAUUCGUUGCAUAAAAAUCGGCCAUCUUUUUUUUUUUUUGUUUGGUUUUCAUCAAGAAAUUCAGCAGUUGCCUGAAAGAUGAACCCCGAAAGUAAUCGAAAAUAAUGGGAGAGACUAUUUCGAAAAAUAAUAGAAAGGUUUGUGAUUACUUUAUGAAUAAUUAUUAAAUUUGUUUAAUAUUAAAUGGGCAUAGAAUUAAUUGCUGCAUUUAAUAUACAGCGUUAAUUUCGUUGUUGCAUAUUUUCGUAAUUAUCAAUCGUCAUUAGGAAUACGAUUUACAAUCAAAUUCUCUCAUCUUAUAUUACACACACAUCGAUAAAUAAUAUUUUGCAUUAAAAUAAGUCACACACACGAUUUUCUAUCUUUUGUGACAAUAAUUAACGACAAUACGGAGAAAAAUUGUGCUCGAGAGUCUUUUUCAAGCGAAUUUGUUGUUGUUUGUUUGUUUGUUUUUUUUUUCUUAUUUGCCAUAUUAAUUUAUAUCAUUGAGAUUAUUUAGAAAAUAAUGUGGAGGAUCUCUCGAAAAUAAUAUAUAUAGGUGCCAGAAAUUCAAAUGAUUGGUCUCAUAAUAGAAAUAAUAAUCUUGUUUAAUUUAUAAUUUUAUUAGAGUUUAUUUGCUUGUUUCUUUCGAUAAAAGAAAAAGAACACAAAAUUUACAUAUAUUAUUAUUAUUAAAAAUGUUGUAUUUUUUCGAUUGCAUCAGAUUUUUUAUUUAUUAUCAAAGUUAACUAUUAUUAUAAAUUUAAUUAGACACUGAUUCUUUUUAAUAAAACCAUCAAAUUCUAAAUACCAAUGAGUAAUAAGAAAAAAAAAAA